AUGCACGGACAGUGUUCGAUUACAAAGACGUGUUGUGCAACGGAGUGUUUGAACCAGGACCGAUCGUUAAUAACCCACAAUAGAUACACACUUUCACCCUCACCAACGUUUUCUAACAUACCGUGUCAACUCAUACAGGAUCCGAAUCAGGAAUUUAACAGUGACAAUAGUACUAUUCGUCAUCGUAGCAGCUCACCCCAGUUAGCAAACGAAGCGCAAACUGGGAUCUACAGUCAAGAAUAUCCACAGCAACAAACAUAUAAUCUUUAUCCAAAUCAACAUUUGACGAGCCCUCAGUCAACCACACCGUUGUCAGUGAAUUCAAUGGUGCCAUUGGGCGAGCAUAUGUCUACACAUCCUUACGUUGAGUACUCUCAGACAACGUUGAAUGAACAGCACAACGACCGCUCUUCUGUAAACAUUUCGGCUUACGAAGAUGAAAUAGUGUCUGAACAUCGAUCCGAAUUCUCUGCACACACCACCAAACCCGUUGAUGAUAAUGGUACCCUUUUCAACUGCGUCAGUGUAGCAGGUCGUCAAACACUCUCAGACCUCUCGGAUUUGAAUUCUGCUCCUUGUUCAGAUGAUCAUACGUUACCACGUCAUCAAGACGAAUUUGGAAACGCUGUGGGUUAUCUGACCAACUCUAGCUACAGUGAAGCUGCGAGACAGAAACUGAAAGGCGAUAGAAAUUGUUCUCCGGAUAACUUUUUCGAUGAUGUACUACCGUUUCUGUACAAUGAACUUGAACCAACGGCGGAAGUGAUGAAUUCUCAAUCCUACCAAAAAUCCAAUUCGCAGCAAAAACAGGAUGCUAAAUGCAUUCAGCCAUGGUCCAAUGGUGCUCCAUUAUUACGACAGCUGCUGUUCACCACUACGGGUGAUGAGGGCGAUGGUGCAAAGGAAGCAAACAACAACGAUAUUAAUCAAAGCAUAACACCAAAGGUUGAUCAUUCGUUUGAUAUGGAAGAUUCUUCAGACCAAUCGCAAAAAUUAAAGCUAUCGGGAAUAGGAACAAUUACCAAUCGUAAAGCUCGCACUGCGUUCACCAAGGCUCAAAUAAAAGCGUUAGAAUGUGAAUACACGCAUUCACAUUAUCUGACCCGUCUGCGUCGUUAUGAAAUCGCCGUUGCCCUUAUGUUAAGUGAAAGACAAGUGAAAGUUUGGUUUCAGAAUCGAAGAAUGAAAAUGAAACGCAUGUGUUCAUCUUAA